UAAUAUUUAGCAAUAGAUACAUAGAAUAGCUAACGAGAGUGAAAUGAUAUUUCUGAGUGAGUGUUGGCAGUGGACGUAAGCGGCCUCGGCUACAGUAGAACUAUGGCGGAGUUCCAGUGGCCGUGGCAAUACAACUUUCCCCCUUUCUUUACGAUCCAACCAAACUUUGACACAAGAAAGAAACAGCUGGAGGCAUGGUGUUACCUGAUUCUCGAUUACUGUAAAUAUCAUAAGAUCUACUGCUUGGAUGUCACUGAAUCCCAGGGCUCAGUCCUUUUUUACAACAAAAAGCUAAACCGGAAACUAUCCACAGAUUCAUUAAUGACAAUUCUUGAUGAAUUAAAGAAAAAAGGUCACCUUGAAUGGACAGAUAAAUCUAAACGCCAAUUCACAGUUGUGUGGCGUUCAAAUGAAGAAUGGGGGAAACUUAUUUACAAAUAUAUCACAGACAAUGGAAUGACUGACACAGUGUGUACUCUGUUUGAGUUGACCUCUGGUGAAGAUACUGUAAAUAAAGAAUUUCAUGGACUUGAGAAACCGUUGUUGAUCAAAGCCUUAAAGACUCUGGAGAACGAAGGUAAAGCAGAGUUGAUGCUGACCGAAAGUAUCGAAGGAGUGAAAUUCUUCUAAACGAACAAUCGCUUUGCUUUGCUCUUACCUGCAUCCUAACAUAUGUAUGCGUGUAAUACAUAUGUAAGCGCACACACACACAUACAUUCAUAUACAAACACACACACACAUUAUAUAUAUAUAGACUCAAACUCACAUUUAUGGGAAAGACUUUAGUUUGUAUUCAGUCAAUGUAACAACAACUAAGCUACCGUUCUUCUAUGGAAUUUGAACUGCUGAGGCUGGUACAACUAAAACUGCCGUAUCAACUGCAUGAUAAAGAGAAGAAAAAACAAAUGGCUUCAUUUAUAAACAGAACAAGCAUUAAUAUAUUGAUAUUGUAUAAAAACUGGUAUGUCUUUCAUGUUUAACCCUUUUGCACUUAAACUGGCCACAUCCGGCUCCAAAUAUAUUCCGCCUGGUUUUUUUUUUUUUUUUUUUUCUUUUUUUUUAUGUCCGGACCGGUCAGAUCUGGGUUCUCACACCAACCUUACAAAGUCAUUCUGAAAAUAUGCCACAGCAUUCAUCAGAAAUCUUUGAAGCUAUGAGAUUGAGAUUGAGAUAAUGCAUGAUUCAUUGAAAACAAUGGGAAUAAGUAAGCGUUACAUUUGACAGAAUAAUGUGAAUGUUAAAGGGUUAACCUUGAGGUCACUUAAAGCAUUCUGUUUGACCUGUGGGCAGGCAUUUAAGGGCUGUUUGACCUGUGGGAAGAUUCACUUAACCCAAUUUCCAUUAUCAUAUUUCUGUUGAGAUGUUCUGUGUUUGUGUCAAUUUUUAAACAUAAAAAAGAAUUUAGUAAAAU